CAGCCAAUUCGAUUGACUCAUCCAACUCCGAAGUUCAAUGACAUCCCAGAAGCAUAAAGCAUAUGUUGGCCAAUUACUUGGCCUUAGCUCGAUCCAAAGGAAAGGCGCCAUGACUCGGUACUCAACACUUAUUUCGGACUUCCUAGUAAGCAGGUAGGUGAUUACGACCAAAUAGCCACCGAAGCACUGCAAUGUCUGUCCGUAAACGUCAAUUAUUCGCUGGCAACGUGCCAGAUGUAGGAUCUUAUGAAUCAUCCAUGGGAUUGGAAUCUGGGUAGAGGCUCCCGGUGAUGGGGCACCCGCUCCACUUCAGUGGUAUAUCUAGGGGCCCGAAGAAUUGGGAUUUGGUCGUCAGCAUCUGUAAGCCGCACCUACGUUAUCAUGCCCGGUAUAACCCUGCCUGCGUUCCCCGACAACGUACCCACACAUUCCCUGCCGACCAUCGAUUUUGAACUCCUCAAAGCAGGAAAUCAGGUGGAAAUAGAUCGUCUGUGGGAGGCCGCUGUGACGCUUGGUUUCUGGUACCUCAAAAACCAUGGUGCUGAGCAUGAGGUAAAAGCCAUGUUUGACUUGGGAGCGGAAAUGUUUGCGCUUCCUUGGGAGGAAAAAAUCUUGUAUGAGCAAGGCGACUCCGGUCGCUCAUUCGGGUACAAGAAAAUGGGGGGAACUGCUGUCGACGCGUCUGGAUUGGCAGACAUGACCGAGUUCUUGAACAUCGCCAAAGAUGACGUUUUUGCUUUCCCUGAGGUCGUUCACCUGACUUAUCCUUCUGUGGUGGCUGCCGCGAUCCCAUUUGUCGUGCACCCUUUUGUAUGCAAGUCUCUGGAGGUUAACAUUACCAUACUGCGGAUCUUCACCCAACGACUUGGACUAUCCGAAGGGACUCUGGAAGCACUCCAUGCUCGCGACUUACCCAGUGCUAGCGAAGCCAGAAUAAUUAGGAGCCCUCCACUGCCUGGAAAAGAUACUGCUGAUCGUCCUACCAUCGGAUCUCACACUGACUUCGGGUCUCUUACAUUUUUACACAAUAUUCUCGGAGGGCUGCAGGUCCUUCUCCCUGGGGAGACACAAUGGGGUUACGUCAAGCCAAUUCCUGGACACGCUAUCUGUAACGUUGGAGAUGCUCUCACAGUUCUUAGUGGCGGUAUUCUCAAGUCUGCCGUCCACCGUGUGGUUCCCCCUCCUGGAACUCAGGGAGAGCACGAACGGUGGUCUCUUGUAUUCUUUACCCGCCCAAACAACACACAGGUACUCCGUGCCUUGGUGGAAGAUAGCCCGGUCAUUGCAGAGUCUGUGAAGCAGUUUCCAGAGGGUAAGUUCGAGACUGGGUCCACCGCCGAGGAGUGGUUUUCGAGGAGAAUAAAAUACCAGAGGCUCAAGAACAGAGAGGGACCCCAAUCAUGGGCUGCCAGCAGAGGGACUGAGCACAAUCCGACAGCGAGAUAAUUUGAAAACCGAUAGAGCGUUCUAGGAUAUGGCUAUUCUGCGUUGUGCGCAUAUUUGCUGACACCCGAGGUGCCAGAACAGGCAAGCUCCUCUCAAUGCCGUAAUUACUUGUAGUGGAAAGAUCAGAAGCCCGAAAUCAUGUCCAGUAUGUGCGCCAGGUUUGCUUGGUUAGGAUUGAUGUCGUCACACUUAGAGGUCUGCUUGUGUUCGCAUGUCCUCGAAACCAGAAAGAGAAAUACAUAAUUGACGACGGA